ACCUGCUAUUUACAUACUCGCCGUGGAACCUGUUCAACCUUUAAUUUAUUUAUGUUCGUUCAUCUUUCUUCAAAUCUGAUCCAACUUUGGGUCUGAACGAGAAAACUGAAGUCUAAUUUUUGAAAAAUAAUAAUAAUAAAUAAUAUAUCCAGAAAUAGUUCGGAUUCCGGUGGCACCCCACUGCUGGGUUAUUCGAAUCCAUUUCACGUUUUAUGUCUGUAUUAAAGUUUAAUUUUCUUGAGGAAGUUGUUCAAUUUUUACUAUUGGAUUUUCUGGCAUUUGAUUGUGCAUAUAUCGUUGUUGUUAUUGUUAUUUCUGACGAAAUUGGAUGGGAUCGAAGCCAUGGCAGCAUCCAGCUCCGACGUAUCGCGCUUUAGAGACCUAUUGGGACAGCGAUGAGGACGCCCCCGGACCUCGCUUCAGCCACACUCUCACCGCCGUUGCAGAUACCAAAAACCACGGCCCCCGCAUCAUCCUAUUUGGAGGCGCCACCGCUAUCGAGGGUGGCAAUGGCGGAGCCCCUGGCAUCCGGUUAGCUGGAGUUACGAAUUCUCUUCAUUCCUAUGAUGUUCUCACUAGAAAAUGGACCAGACUCCAACCGGCUGGUGAGCCGCCGUCUCCUAGGGCUGCACAUGCAGCAGCAGCUGUUGGCACCAUGGUAGUGUUUCAGGGUGGGAUAGGUCCUGCCGGGCAUUCUACUGAUGAUUUGUAUGUGCUUGACUUGGCCAAUGAUAAAUACAAGUGGCACCGAGUUGUUGUUCAAGGACAGGGUCCAGGGCCGAGAUAUGGCCAUGUCAUGGACUUUGUGGCACAAAGAUACCUUGUUACCGUUAGCGGCAAUGAUGGAAAAAGACUGCUCUCUGAUGCCUGGAUUCUGGAUACUGCCCAAAAACCAUACAUGUGGCAGAAGCUUAAUCCAGAAGGUGAUAGACCUUCUGGUAGAAUGUAUGCAACGGCUAGUGCACGAUCUGAUGGUAUGUUUUUGCUUUGUGGCGGAAGAGACACCUCAGGCAUGCCACUAGCAGAUGCAUACGGACUGCUUAUGCAUCGGAAUGGGCAGUGGGAAUGGACUCUGGCACCCGGGGUUGCACCUUCCCCGAGGUAUCAACAUGCUGCAGUUUUUGUUGGUGCAAGAUUGCAUGUUACUGGGGGCGUUCUUAGGGGCGGACGAGCAGUAGAAGGUGAAGCAGCAAUUGCAGUACUGGACACCGCUGCUGGAGUUUGGCUAGACAGAAAUGGGCUGGUGACUUCACGGAGCAACAAGGUACAUGCCGAGGAUCCCUCUUUGGAGGUUAUGCAUCGUCAUCGCCAUGCAGCUGCAUCUGUUGGUGUUAGAAUAUAUGUUUAUGGUGGUCUUAGAGGAGAUACUUUGUUAGAUGAUUUUAUGAUCGCAGAAAAUUCUCCAUUUCAAUCUGACAUCAUUUCCCCAGUUUUAACAUCUGAAACAGCCUCAACAACUACAAGUCCAAGGUCAAACCAUCCUAAUUUAACUUCAGAUACUCCCGCACCAACUCCAGAUGGAAGACCUGAAAUCUCCUUUGCAAACACAAAUUCCAUGGAGAAACUCGCUCAAGCAUCUGCUGCUGAAGCCGAGGCUGCUAAUGUUGUCUGGAGGGCAGCGCAGGCAUCAGUUAACCUUGAAGAACCUUCUGUAUCAGAUAAUAAUUUGCAAGCUGCAGAGGCCAUUUUGGAGGGAAGUGAUAUCGAGGCUGAUGUUCGCCUUCAUACUAGAGCGGUUGUAGUUGCAAGAGAAGCUGUGGGGAACUUGGGGGGUAUGAUUAGGCAGUUAUCCUUGGACCAAUUUGAAAAUGAAAGUAGACGAAUGGUUCCAUUGCAUAAUGAUCUGUCACAUCCAACCAAAAAGUUCACGAGGCAGAAGUCUCCUCAAGGCCUGCAUAAAAAGAUCAUAUCUACGUUGCUUAAGCCUCGAAAUUGGAAGCCUCCUGCUUACAGAAAGUUCUUUUUGGACUCUUAUGAAGUGGGUGAACUUUGUUAUGCCGCCGAGCAGAUCUUCAUGCAUGAGCCCACAGUUCUCCAGCUGAAAGCUCCUAUCAAAGUGUUCGGUGAUCUUCAUGGACAGUUUUGUGAUCUGAUGCGGCUAUUUGAUGAAUAUGGAUUUCCUUCCACUGCAGGAGACAUAACUUAUAUUGACUAUUUGUUUCUGGGAGACUAUGUCGAUCGAGGACAGCACAGCUUGGAGACCAUCACUUUGCUCCUGGCUCUGAAGAUUGAAUACCCUGAGAAUUUUCACUUGAUACGUGGGAAUCAUGAAGCUGCUGACAUUAAUGCACUUUUUGGCUUUCGCAUUGAAUGCAUUGAAAGAAUGGGAGAGAGGGAUGGGAUCUGGGCGUGGACACGUUUCAAUCAAAUGUUUAACUGUCUUCCACUUGCUGCAUUGAUUGAGAAGAAAAUAAUCUGCAUGCAUGGUGGCAUAGGGAGGUCGAUAAACGCAGUAGAACAGAUAGAGAAACUCGAGAGGCCUAUAACAAUGGAUGCCGGGUCAAUCGUACUCAUGGAUUUGUUGUGGUCUGAUCCUACUGAAAAUGAUAGUGUAGAGGGUUUGAGACCAAAUGCCAGAGGACCCGGUCUUGUCACAUUCGGGCCUGAUCGGGUCACAGAUUUCUGUAAGAAGAACAAAUUGCAAUUAAUCAUAAGAGCACAUGAAUGUGUUAUGGAUGGAUUUGAACGAUUUGCUCAGGGCCAGUUAAUCACUUUAUUUUCUGCAACCAACUAUUGUGGAACGGCGAACAAUGCUGGGGCAAUAUUGGUUAUUGGUAGAGGGUUGGUUGUUGUUCCUAAACUAAUUCAUCCGUUACCACCUCCUCUUCAGUCCCCAGAGACAUCUCCUGAGCGAUUUACAGACGAUACGUGGAUGCAGGAGCUUAAUAUUCAAAGACCACCAACUCCAACACGAGGUCGCCCACAGCCCAGCCUAGACCGAAAUUCACUUGCCUAUAUUUAACGUCACUCAUUGAUCCGUGUAUAUUGUAAUGUUGCACGGGAACAAAAUUCUUUCGGGGGGACAGUUAUUCGAUGUUCAAGUUGAAGCCCUGGAAUUUAUUGUCCACACUGCUGUAUUCUACAGAUACAAGAAGUGUUGUUUUGUUGUAAUACACACUGAGAAGGGUGGUAGGUAAAUUGAUGGAUGAUGCAGUUUUUCUGAUACUGGAAGAGUAUAUUGUGGGGGGACAUUGUAUUUUUAUUAUAAAAAUUACGGAAAAAUUAAUAUAAAGUAAUCACAGAAAGAUAGGUAAGUUUACAUAU